UUGGCGGGAAAGCCCAUUUCUCUCCCCUUUUCGUGCCCACAGCAGCUGUAUUGGCACAUAGUGUCCUAAUUAAUUAAAGUGUGGCUAAAAACUUGCAAAGUGCUUCGAUUAUAAAGUUACUGGUAACUUUCCAAAUUUGGGUUUGAGGUUACCCUCCAUGCGCAGUCAAAAGUAGUUCUGGCUGAUCGACAAAAAACUGUGUACGUAUUCGCGCGUAAACGCCGAAAUAUUUUGGAUUUUAGCGGCAUUUCCUCGUCGAAAAUAAUGUGCAAAGCGGGAAAGUCGGGGUUUGAGCGUGAUUGUGUUGUUUUUUAGUCGUCUCUUGUGUGGAUUCCCGCCUUUUGUAGGCGUUGUCAAGAGCUCAAUGGUGGCUAGUGGUGCGAAAUUGUUUAGCAGCGGUUUGUAAUUGUUGGAAAUCAUGGUGUUAUCAAGCGAAACCGAAGAAUUGGAGGAGAAACACUCAGAACUGUGCAACAAACUGCACCUGAGCCAACAGAUUUCCAGAGACGCUUGGGAGCGAUUUGAGACAAUUAACAAGAAUUUCACUCUGGAGGGGGAGCCCCUCCACUGGAUAGGGUGUGCAAUAUACGUGUCGUGUUGGAAGUCCAUCGCUGCAACGGCUGCACAAAAUAGUGUUCACACGAAUUGUGUUAACUUGACCAAUCUUCUGCGUCAUUGUAACUUAAGCAUAGCACAGUUCUUUUACAAAAUCAAACAAUGGUCGGACAUGGCCAGCAUGCCUGAGGAGUUCAAAAAGCGGAUUGAGUAUCUGGAAGGGAGCUUCUCUGUGGCUUACAACGUUUUUAAAGAAUACCAGCCUCUCUUUAUGCAAAUAUUUAAGGCACCUAAAGCUCCAGAAGCGCACGAACUGGACACAAGUAAACACAGAAACCGGAAAAAUAAACCUGUGCCUUCGUCCCCACUCAAAGUCUUCGAGUUUUGUUGGACCUUGUUUAUCACAAUAAAAAGUGAAGACACGAAUUAUAACAACGACUUGGUCACGUCGUGUCAUUUACUUAUUGCCAUUUGCGACUGGGCGUUCAAACAUGCGCUCCAAGCCGACCGCAAGGAUCUCCUAAACCCCGACUUUGCGGGCCUGCCUGAAGACUUCGCCCAGCCCAGCUAUGUGCCCCCUUCGGAGGCCCCUUGCAUCGUCAGCUUACUGUGCCCCAGUCCGAACAUAAUCACCGACCUGAAGUACGUAAAAGAGUACCAGUUCAAAAAAUCGAUUCGGAAUUAUCUCGACCAAGGCGUCUUGAUUGAGAACGACCAAGGCGAUGUCUUGGACACCUCGGUGUUUGACCAUAAUUACAAAAGCAUUGGGAACGUGUACGAGAAAAAUAUCCUGAAUAAGAGCGAUUUUGACGAGCGCAUUUUCCUGGCUGAGUACAAAAGAAAACUUCUAGUGAGAGACCAGAGUGUGGCGCAAAAUGCAGCUGACAACGCAAGUCCGGAGUUAUCGACCAAAGAAAUGGUUGUUAGUAAAGAGUGUUUGACGCCGCUCACUGGCCGCAAAUAUUUGGGCCCGAAGGAGUCGCAAGAGUCGACUCCGCUUGUGACAGCUACUGAAAGCAUUUCAAGGCUUAAUAACUUGCUUCAUGGGCGCCAGCCGGCCCCCAGUGAGGCUUUAGUGCAAUUGUUUGAGUCUUGUGCUCGCAAUCCAACUGAGAGAAUCAAUCAAAUUGUUACAAAUUUGGGGGAGAGGUUUCUGGAAGGCCACCCAGUUGACCAAAGAGAAGUAGCACAAAGGCGACUGCAGCUCGCGACAACUUUGUUUUAUAAAUUUAUUGAAAGUAUUCUGCAGAAUGAGCGCUCAAUACAUGCUGAUUUAUCGGCCAUUGUGGAAAAAGACGUAUUUUACGAAUGUAUGUUUGCUUGUUGUUUAGAAAUUGUUAUUUAUUCAUACAAUAGUCGGCAAAGGUUCCCCUGGAUAUUGAAAGCACUGCAAAUACAACCAUAUAAUUUUGUUAAAGUGAUUGAACUUAUCAUUCGCUCAAGAGAUAAGCUUUCAAGGGACACUAUCAAACACCUUAAUAUGAUCGAGGAAACUAUACUUUCCUCGCUGGUCUGGAAAUCAGACAGUUUAAUUUGGGAAGCAAUAACAUCUUCCGAUAGGGAAGUACCGAAAUUCGAAGAGACGGCUUUGCCAGGGCAUAUGCAAAAUGAACCAAGUUCUGAAAACUUAACCUUGAGAAGUAUUCUCAAUUCUGAACCAAGACAAAUUGUAUCGCCUGGCCCUUCUGCAACAGACCGGUUUCAGUCACCAGUAGCACACAGCAGUGCUGUGAAUAGAGAAUUGUUUCCUACAGUUCAGUCAGGUCAAUCUCUACUCCAAACGACUCAUUUGAUGAUUAAAGAUCGUACUGGGAAUACUCGCAUGAUUCCUAUCGUAAAUAGUGAAACGCAAAAGAGCACCCCGGUGCCAGUUCAACAGACGACUCCACAACGUCAGGAGAAUGUAGCUCAAGCCAGGCCGAGAAGAACAGGAGGUGUGUCAAUAGUAUUCAGGAAAUUCUAUAAUUUAUCUGGAGAACGGAUGGAGCACCUGUGCACACACUUAAAAAUCACAAACACGGACACUAAGCGCAAAAUCUGGACGGUCUUUGAGGAACUGGUUCGCAAAAACCACUGCGAAUUGAUGAAAGACCGCAAUUUGGACCAGCUAUUAAUGUGUGCCGUCUACAUGAUAUGCAAACUUACGAAACUCAACAAAAAUUUUACGGAAAUUAUUAAAAGUUAUAGAAGCCAGCCUCAGGCCACGAGUGACAUUUAUCGCAACGUUCUGAUAAGCAGUAAAAAAGUCGUGGUUGUUGAUGGGGAGACGACCGAAAUUCCGGAAGAAUGGGGUGACUUGAUACAGUUUUAUAACAAAGUGAUCAUUCAAGCAAUGAAAAAGUUUGCGCAGAAAUUCGUAGUCCGAGGCGAGGAAAACAUCGGAGAUAUACUUUUGAGUCCACUGCCGGCGUCCAGGGGGCAAGUGGUCCAAGUGUUUGACAACAUUUUUAUCAAGCCACUGGAAAGUCCGACUUUGACUUUCGGCAAUGGCAAAGUCCUGAACUACUAUUUCAGCCGAAGUCCUUCUAAGGACUUGAAAGACAUCAAUAAGGCCAUAAGGGGCAAUGGUGUGACGGGAAAACGAUUGCUAGUGGAGGGCGAGAACGACUUGCCCGACUCGAAACGUCUGGCAAAGAGAAAAGUGCAGUCUUUGAUUGAAGAAAGAAGAAAUCAAAACACUGAAUGAAGUUUCAUUUAGAUUUUAACGUUUAUUAUGUAUAAAGUUUAAUUCUAGCAUAAUUCAAACUUUUUUAAUUCUAAAAAUAUUAAUUUUUUCGAUUUUGGCACCAGUUGAUGCUGGCGUCUGGUUUUUGUUCACUGUUCUUGUGAUAUGCUUGGAAGUUUCCCUUCAAAGGGUCGAGUACUGAAACAUCUAAAAUAAUUUAUCUCAACUUUUCGUUUUAAUUAAUUAAAUUACGUCAAAGUUUUAUCGUGUGUUUGCCUUUUUACUUUAUCAGCAAAAAUUUCGUCGUAGGUUGGUUUGUACGAAGUAAACUUCACGUCUAUUUUGAAUAAAUUGACCAAUUGAAUGAC